AUGGCGCUGCUGAACAUGAGAACAAUAGGAGAUGGAUCUCUGGAUCAGAACAUAACUUGUGGCAAAUGGCUGGGAGCAGAGGCAGUCCUAGAAAAGCACUUCCUUCCUAUCCUCUAUUCCAUUGAGUUCGUUGUUGGCCUCCUUGGGAACACGGUUGUUGUUUUGGGCUAUCUCUUCUGCCUGAGAAAUUGGAAAAGUGGCAACAUCUAUCUCUUCAAUCUCUCCCUUUCCGACCUCACCUUCCUAUGUACCCUGCCCAUGUUGGUGAGAGGGUAUGCCAAUAAGAAUUGGACAUAUGGUACCUUCCUAUGCAUGAGUAACAGGUACUUGCUCCAUGCCAACUUGUACACAAGCAUCCUUUUCCUUACCUUCAUCAGCAUCGACCGGUACCUGCUCAUGAAAUAUCCCUUCCGAGAACAUUUCCUGCAAAAGAAAGAAGUUGCUAUCUUGAUCUCGGUGGCCAUCUGGAUUUGGGUGACUCUGGAGCUUCUCCCAAUCCUCAUUUUCAUUGAUCCAAACAUGGGAAACAAUGACACCACUUGUAAUGACUAUGCAAGUUCUGGAGAACCCCAAUACAACCUUCUCUACAGUGUGUGUCUGACCGUUCUGGGAUUCCUCAUUCCUCUCUCAGUCAUGUGCUUCUUUUACCUGAAAAUCGUCCUUUUCCUAAAGGAGAGAAGCAGACAACUCACUACGGCUCUCCCCCUCGAGAAGCCCCUCCGCUUGGUCAUCAUGGCGAUGGUGAUAUUCUCGGUUCUCUUUACCCCCUACCACAUCAUGCGCAAUGUGCGGAUAGCUUCCCGCCUUGAGGUCUGGAUGCGGACUAGAUGCACACAGGUCGUCAUCAACUCAAUCUACAUUCUGACCCGACCCUUAGCCUUUCUGAACAGUGUGAUCAACCCUCUUUUUUAUUUCCUGAUGGGAGAUCACUUCAGGGAUAUGUUGGUCAAUCAAGCCAGGACCUUCUUCAAAUGCAUCACAACCUUUAGAAGGUGA